UGGAGUUUGCUGGAGGAGAGCUCCAGUGGCUGUGGUUUAGUGAGCUGUCUUGAAGUUCAGUCUUGCAUUUUAGGUUGGACAGUCAUCUGUGAGCAAAGCUUAUUGGACAAAGUUCAGUAGAGACUUAGAAAAGAAUAGAAAGCGUGUUUUGUAAAUAACAUCUCUGUUAAAUAGCUACGUAAAUGGGUUUAGCUCAAUUUCGAGCUGCAGUCUAAUGCUUCACUUACCUGGGUUCCUUCAUGUCUGUUUUAACACUUCAGGUAAACUUAGCCUUAGUACUUUUAAUUUUUUUUAUUUAAUUUAAUUUUCACCACUGCGAGAAUGACCGACUGGGAGCUGCUGUAGAAACAAUGAAGUUGGACUGCAACCUAAGGCUUGCCUCAGCAAGCCACAAUUCAACUUUUAGCCCUUAAGCAAGGACGGAAGGAGCUUUUACCUCUUUUUACUGUUUUGUUUUUCCCUCCCCCCUACCCCAGACUUCCACUACCCUACAUUCUUCUCUUCUUCUCUUCCUUCCCCCUCUCUGUCCACUUCUCACAGUCUUUUCUUUUUCUUUUAUAGGUGUGUGCUAUUUUCACUUUCCAUACCCUGUUUCUCGCUUUUGUUCUACUGUAUAUUAUUUUUACUUUCACCCCACUUUUCUCGAAUCUAAUAGUCUGAGGUUCGUAGAGGCCUUUUCCCCACCAUCUGGAUUUUUACUGAAUUCCCAAAAUCCCCAAUCUCCCCCAACACACACACCCACACCAUGAGGAAACAGACUCAUAGUGUCUUGCUGGCCUGUGUGGUCAUCAGCUCCAUCACAAUAUUUUAUUUGAGUCUUAGUGCCAUGGAGUGCCCAAACUCACGCUCCCGGGGUGUAUGGGGUCCAAACCAGCACCUUAGCAGGAAUCUCAGUUACCCCAUGCCAGUUUCUGUGGAAUACAACGAAGACAGUCCUCUUAUAUUUGUCGGUGGGGUACCUCGUAGUGGAACCACUUUAAUGCGGGCCAUGCUGGAUGCCCACCCUGAAGUGCGGUGUGGUGAGGAGACUCGUGUCAUCCCCCGUCUGUUAGCCAUGCAGGCCACCUGGAGCCGCUCGGCCCGAGAGAGGCUCCGAUUAGACGAGGCUGGAGUCACGGACGAGGUCCUGGACUCGGCUAUCCGUGCAUUCCUGCUGGAGAUCAUUGUGGGCCACGGUGAACCUGCACCACGGCUGUGCAACAAAGACCCUUUCGCUCUGAAAUCGCUGACGUACCUCUCCAAACUUUUUCCACGUGCCAAAUUUGUCCUAAUGCUUCGCGAUGGUCGGGCCACAGUUCAUUCCAUGAUCUCACGCAAGGUGACCAUCACAGGAUUUGACCUGACUAGUUAUAGGGACUGUCUGGUGAAAUGGAACCGAGCUGUGGAGGCUAUGUAUGACCAGUGUAUGGCUGUGUCAGAGAGGACCUGCCUGCCUGUGCUUUAUGAAGAACUGGUGCUGCAUCCAGAGCAAGUGAUGCAAAAGCUCCUUCAAUUUCUGGAGCUCCCCUGGGACCUAUCAGUGCUGCACCAUGAGCAGCUCAUUGGAAAAGUUGGAGGAGUGUCCUUGUCAAAGGUGGAGCGGUCAACAGACCAAGUCGUCAACCCAGUAAAUACAGAAGCCCUGUCCAAAUGGGUGGGCAAGAUUCCAGAUGAUGUGGUGAAGGACAUGGCUGACAUUGCACCAAUGCUGAAACGCCUAGGUUAUGACCCUCUGGCCAAUCCUCCAGAUUAUGGCAAACCAGACUCCUUACCGCUGAACAAUACUAAACUGCUUCAGGGAGCCAAAACAAACACAGAUGUGUUUCAUCCUAGCUGAUACGAGAUCAAACAUUAGACAUGAUUCAUCUUUCAUGAACUGUUCACUUGUACCUUUUGAGGUGCAUAAAGUCACAGAUGUCGCAGAACCCAUGGACCCAAGUUGUUACAAGACUGUGAAUUUUGUCUAAAACAUCAGCACAUAUGGAAAGUAUCAGAUGCAUCUGAAAACAUGCUUGCACAACAUGCACAAUGACAUACAUGGCUUGUUUUCAUAGUUUUGUACCAUAAUUUGUUCCAAGUGUAUUGGUUAUAAAACAUAAAUAUUUAUUAAAAAUGCUUAUUUUAACAUUCA